AUGGACGACUGCUUCAUUCACAGGCGCAGCCUGUUCAGCGAAAACGUCGAUUACAUGUCGCCCAACAAUAUCUCCAACUUUGACCUUCAUCUCUGCUGGAAGGAAAACAACUCUGUGUCGGUGAAGAGUUCGCAAGACGACAUCUCCUCCAAGAUUCCCUCGUCUGUCUCCAGGCGCCUAGAGAACGUCUCGUGGCGCAGGAUGUACAAGCAAAUCUGGAACUUGAGUGAGGCUCUGCCCGCCACUAUAAACUGGAGCAAAAGUCUGGAUAUCACCUGGCUUUUUGGCCCCAAGUAUGGCGUGGAUAGCCCAUUGGCCGACGUGCCCUUGACCUCGUCAAACUUGUCGAAGUUGACGCGAGACGACAUUCUGGAGUGUGCAGCCGACGAGGUCUCGUCCAUGUCUUCCACGCACCUGAUGUCGUUCGAUGACCGUUCGCUGAUGGAGCUGCUGGAGGAUAUCGGCGAAGAGUACGACGAGUGCUGCUCGGGCUUGAAGCUGGUUCUCAAGCUGGAAUGCCGGCGCUUUGUGCGCCAGGAAAAGAACACGAAGAAGCGCGUCAAGUUCAACUACAUCAUCAAUUCCCGCGAGAUCAUGAACGGGAUUUCUUUCGACUACCAUUUCUUGGACCCGCUGUGUUUAUAG